GUGCAAAUAGACACAUUUAUACAACGUUGACUUAAUAAUUCUUUUCCGAAUGUUAUGAGAGUACUUAUCAUUUCAUUACAUUUACAAGAAUAUAAUAAUUAUUAAACGUCGGCUUAAUUUAUUUGUUAUACCUGUACAUUAGGAGGAGCUCUAUUAUGGAUUUUUUAAAGUCAAUACCCUCACAUAUGGAUUUUAAAGGCCAGCAGUUAGCUGAACAAGUAUUUCAGGCAAUUAUAAUUCUAUUUGCAGUUGUAGGGUUCAUCUGGGGUUAUUUGGUUCAGCAGUUUGUUCAGACAGUUUACAUGGUUGGUGCUGGCUUUAUAUUAUCAUGCAUUCUCACAUUACCACCGUGGCCUAUGUUUAGAAGAAAUCCAUUACCAUGGCAGAAAAAGAAAGAAGAAUCUGAUGAAAAGAAAGAUGGUGCAAAAGAAAAGAGAGUAACUAAAAAGAAAGAAAAAUCAAAAUAGAUGCUUUGUGUUGUGAUAGGAGUUACUGAUUAAACAUCAAUUGAUUACUGUUGAUGGAAUCAAUCACUAUCUUACAAUUUCAUUGAAUUAUCAAUCAUUAUUGAUAAUAUUGAUAUAGUUAUGGUGACUAAUCAAAAAUCAAUUGAUUGGUCAUUAUAAAUUGAUUACAUUGGUAUUGGUUAUUGAUUAUUAGUGAUAAAUAUUGUCAGAUAUUUUCAAUUUUUCAAAAUAUCAAUUGAAUAUUGGUCUAUAUUAAUUGGUUAUUGUUAACCUUGAACAAUUUAUUAUUGGUCAAUAUACAUUGAUUAUUGGUGAUCAGUAACAUAAUAAUCAUGAAGUCAUAAUCACUCAUUGCUAAUAUGCAAUAGUCAAUAGCGAUACUGCCCAACCAAUUACUGUAUCAUAUUUAUUUUUGUUUUAUGUUGGUGUUCUGUCAAGCUAAGUUGGUAAUUGUAGGGCCUCAGUUUGGUGGUAUUUUUCAGUAUACAGUAUCAAUUUACCAAUAUCAGUUCAUUAAUAGUAUUGAUCAGAAUAUGCAGUAAACAUGUAAAUCCAAGAAAAAGCUAAGUUAAAAACAGUAGAGCGGGAGAAAAAAUCAAGAGGUGCUGCAGCUUUGGACAGCGCCCUCACUAUUGAUGGUAAAUGUCAUCAUUGAUAACCAAUAAAUUUUGAGCACUCAACAAAAAUUUUCAUAAUUUUAUUAGUAUAAUAUGCUCAUUUGAAUAUAUUUAUCUGUUUUCGGAAUAAACUGAAAAGUCUUAAAUUAUCAAGUCUUAUAAUUUAUAUGUUUGACCUA